AUGGUUAAUAAUGAAGAAUUAACCCAAGAACAGCAGUUAAAAAUAAAAGAAUUUCUACUUAAAGAAGAAAAUCUAUUUGCUCAAAGUCUUGAAAAUCUAGACCAUAUAAAUGCUAUUACACAUAGCAUUAAUACAGGUUCUCUGCCUAUAAGUCGCAUUCGUUAUGCAAAAAUUGGAUGUGGAGGUUUUCUGUCUAUAAGUCACAUUUGUUGUGCAAAAAUUAGAAGUGAAAAUGAAAAGUUAUUAGAAGAAACUUUUAUUCAAAGACUCUUCGAAUUAAUUGAAGUAUUACCUGUUGUAAGAAAUGAUGCUGUUAGACAAAUUAAAAAAGCACAAGAAAGUGCUAAAAGAAAACAUGAUCAAAAUCUACAGCAUAUAGAGGAAUUAAAAAAGGGUAAUUUAAUAUUAGUUUAUAAGGCUUCUUAA